UAAUUUGACGUUCUGCGAAUUGGUUCAUCGGAGUGUGAUCUUUAUUAGCAUUCGCAUUCGCUGUGAAAAAGGGUACCCAUUGGUCACACACAGACAGCAAACAUUCCGAUUGAACUAUUCUUAAGUUGCUAAUUGUCCGUGCUGCGAUUGUGUGCCAACUGUGCAAAGGUCGUAAACAAAGACCCGAAAGCAGAGGUAAACGGAGCGAGCCAAAGCCGUCGUCGGAGCAGCGGAACAAAAUCACUUACCACCAGUGAAAACGGAACGACAUAGUUUACGGAAAACCUCCGCGCUGACUGCACUGGUUACGUACCACCACACAACGGUGAAACGUCCUUCGUCUGGUGUUAGCAUCGAGCCAGCAAUAGCAGCAGCUAGUUGGAAAAAGCAUCAUGUGAAAUCAUCCCGUGUGUCUCCGCACCGAAAGGCUGACCACUUCAAAACACGACGGGUUUUACAAGCAGGGGCAAGAGAGGGCCAUAUUCGGUGAAAGUCGACGCAAUAAAAGGCGCAAACGUGGGUGCGUGGGCAGUGCGGAAUGGUGCACACACAUCUAUAUUUUCGUGCAGCAGAACAAACGGUGAAAGUGGCCCGGUGUACCGAAAUUCAACUCCAAAUUCACAUAAUUGGCCGGUGUGCCGUACGGGGAAAAACAGAAACUGAAACUACAUCCACCACCCGCACGCGCUCCCGCGCGGGCCAGCAGCGAUAAGAGAAACUGGUUGGGCCAAAAGGAAAAUGAAUUUCCAAUUCUACAUGCUGCCCGUCCAGCAAUUUCACAUUUUUCUUUCAACGCUUUGAAUCAUUUUAAAUGAUGCGAAAGACGCGCCGAGACAAAUGUACAAGAUAAAACUCCUCGUUAUCACCUCAGUCUCUUGUCCGAGCGCAAGACGGGAAGUACCAAAACAAUAAGCUGGCAAAGGCAAAGUACCGACGAGCACAGCACCCUUCUUCUGCUGAUAACAGCAGAGGAGGGUCUCGAGGGGGUUUGAAUAGUCGUCGGUUCGCGAUUCUGAUAACAACGCUGAGUCGGUGGUUCUGGUGGAUACGGGGUAAUAAGCUGCUGCCCGUGGACCACUUUGCCACUCGGCCUCGGGACUGUUGCAGUGAUCAUACGUGCGAUACGUGCCUUUUAGCUGCUGCGAACGGAAAUUGUUGUGGACCGUCGGGAAAAACCCAUCGCGCAGGAAAUCGCUGUCUGCGGCAACGCGUAAUCGCCUCCAUUUGCUGUAGCGCGUUCUAGAACGAAGGCGUAGAUUGUUUGAUCCGUCGGGCCAGAUAGAGAAAGCGGAAUACGAAGAGGUGGUCGUAAGUUUCUUCCAGGCACACCCCAUCCCAAACAUACCCCGGCCGGCAGAUGGACGACGGUACCAUCCAUCAGCUGAUUGUGAUAAUCGAGCACGCCACCUUCCGGAGCAAUGGCUUCCUGAAGCCCAACCCGUACGUCGAGUUUUCGAUCGAUGGCAAAACUUCACGCAAGACAGAUAUCAUCAAAAACACCAACACACCGAAAUGGAACGAGCGGUUCACGAGCAUCGUGUCGCCCGGCUCGGUGCUGCACUUUCGCGUCCUCGACCAUUCGAGCUUCCGCAAGGAUUCACUGCUCGGCCAGCAGACGGUCGAGCUGGCGGGCAUUCUGCGACACUACAACGGUGUGCUCGAACUGCUCGAACUCAACAUGGACCUGCUGAUCGAUGGGACGGGCUCGUCCAAAACGAGCGAACCGCGCCAGCCGGUCAAAGCGGGCGAGCUGGUGGUCGUGCUGGAUGGUUUGAAGAUCGAUAUGCGCCAUUUGGGUGCGGGUGCGGGUGCAAUGCGCGGCAAUGAAACCGGUACCGGCAGCGGAAUGGUCAACGUAAAUGGGCAGCUGUCGGGCGGACCUAGCGAUUUGGCGCCGAACGGUGUGCACUAUCACACGCUACGGAGCAGCAUACUGAACGGCGGCAUUCGGGCGCGAAUGCGUUUGCGAGGCACCGGAGGUGGCAGCACAUCGCAACAGCUGCAGCCGGCGUCAUCAUCCACCGGUGGCAUGAUGAAUCAUGCACUAGUACCGUCAUCCUCGUCCUCAUCGGCGGCCGUGCAGCACCACCAGUCGCAACACUCGCCUGCUUCCCACGCUAGCCAAAGCAACAAUAACGCCACGUCCACGGCGUCCGAUUGUGUGUCGUCGUCGUUAAACGAGUUCAGUAUAGCGGGCGGAUCGUACGGCACCAUGGGCAACGGUAUCAUGACGGCCGGUUCCUCCCCGAACGGUGGCGGCGGUGGAGGCAGCUCGUCGGGCGCCUCCUCGUCGACGGGCGCUAUCCGACGGAGUGGCAUCAACUGGGAUCAGCAGAACGUUUCACCGGUGGCCUCGUCCACGGGAUACCACGCUCGCCUCGGUCCAGUGUAUUCGAACUCGUCGCAGGAAGGCCUCAUCAACGGUGUACCGGGUGGGGGACACACAAACACGGCCAUGUUGCCGGUCGCAGGUGGAAGUCCUGGCGGUGCAAAUAAUGGUGGUGGUGCCGAUAUACCGAUGCCGAUGGGCGGGAGCUUAACCGAUCAGCAGCUUAUACUGCAGCAUCAGCAACAGCAGCAGCAAAAUCCCAUCGACGACGAACCGCUACCGGCCGGGUGGGAGAUGCGGGUGGACAAGUUCGGCCGGCGCUACUACGUCGAUCACAACACGCGCUCGACGUAUUGGGAGAAGCCGCAGCCGCUACCGGCUGGCUGGGAGCAGCGGCGCGAUCCCCGCGGCCGUGUGUACUACGUGGAUCAUAACACGCGCACCACCACCUGGCAGCGGCCGAACAGCGAGCGGCUGAUGCACUUCCAGCACUGGCAGGGCCAGCGGCAGCACAUCAUCUCGCAGGGCAAUCAGCGGUUCCUCUACCCCCAGCACGCCCAGCAAUCGAACUCGAUCUCGGUGGCGCACGAAGAGGACGAUGGGCUGGGACCGCUGCCGGACGGAUGGGAAAAGCGCGUCCAGCCGGACAAUCGGGUGUACUUUGUGAACCAUAAAAACCGCACCACCCAGUGGGAAGACCCGCGGACGCAGGGCCAGGAGGUGAGCAUGCUGGCGGAGGGUCCACUGCCGCCCGGCUGGGAGAUUCGCUACACCGCCAACGGGGAGCGGUUCUUCGUGGAUCACAACAAUCGUAAAACGACGUUUGAGGAUCCGCGACCCGGCGCACCGAAGGGCGCGAAGGGUGUGUACGGUGUGCCGAAGGCGUACGAGCGCUCCUUCCGCUGGAAACUGAGCCAGUUCCGGUAUCUGUGUCAGAGCAAUGCGCUCGCGUCCCACAUCAAAAUAACGCUCACGCGGCAAACGCUGUUCGAGGAUUCGUACCACCAGAUCAUGCGGCUGCCGGCGUACGAGCUGAGGCGCAGGCUGUACAUUAUCUUCCGCGGCGAAGAGGGGCUCGACUACGGCGGUGUAUCGCGCGAGUGGUUCUUCCUGCUGUCGCACGAAGUGCUCAACCCAAUGUACUGCCUGUUUGAGUACGCGAACAAGAACAACUACAGCCUGCAGAUCAAUCCGGCCAGCUACGUAAAUCCGGACCACCUGCAGUACUUCAAGUUCAUUGGGCGGUUCAUCGCGAUGGCACUGUACCAUGGGCGGUUCAUCUAUUCCGGCUUCACGAUGCCGUUCUACAAGCGUAUGCUGAACAAGAAGCUAACGACCAAAGACAUCGAAACGAUCGAUCCGGAGUUUUACAACUCGCUCAUCUGGGUGCGGGACAACAACAUCGACGAGUGCGGGCUGGAGCUGUGGUUCAGCGUCGAUUUCGAGGUGCUGGGACAGAUCAUCCAUCACGAGCUGAAGGAUAACGGUGACAAGGAGCGCGUGACGGAGGAGAACAAGGAAGAGUACAUCUCGCUCAUGACCGAGUGGCGAAUGACGAGGGGUAUCGAGGAGCAGACCAAAACCUUCCUGGAUGGGUUUAACGAGGUGGUGCCGCUCGAAUGGUUAAAGUACUUUGAUGAGCGCGAGCUGGAGCUAAUGCUGUGCGGCAUGCAGGAGAUCGAUGUGGACGACUGGCAGCGCAAUUCCAUCUAUCGGCAUUACAAUCGCAACAGCAAACAGGUCGUUUGGUUCUGGCAGUUUGUGCGGGAAACGGACAACGAAAAGCGGGCCCGCCUGUUGCAGUUCGUUACCGGCACCUGCCGCGUACCGGUCGGCGGGUUCGCCGAGCUGAUGGGCUCGAACGGGCCGCAGCGCUUCUGCAUCGAGAAGGUGGGCAAGGACACGUGGCUGCCCCGAUCGCACACGUGCUUCAAUCGGUUAGAUCUACCACCGUACAAGAGCUACGAUCAGCUGGUAGAGAAGCUAAACUAUGCGAUCGAAGAGACUGAAGGUUUCGGGCAGGAGUAAGGUACAGGUACUACAGGCAGGUAAAAUCUGGCGAAGGAGGAUGAGGAGGAGGAGGAGGAUAAACGGUAUAUAUAAACAAACAAAUGUGAUCAUUUUAUGGGAAAUAGUAGUGGUUCUUAGAAAAUGGGGGGUUAACCUGAACGGGGAACGGGAGAAAAUUGGGACGGAGCGGAGAUAUGGAUUGGGUUAGUUGUAAAGUGUAAGUGGCAAGUUUCUGUACCUAGAUAUUGUAUAUGAGAGUGUGUGGUUUUCUUUGUUUUGCGAGCAAAGAAACAGUGCAGGAUGUGUUUUUGAUGCGCGGCAGGAACACGUUUUAAAAGCUUUUGUACGUAGCACAUCCGUAGCGGCACGACGGAAAAGGAAUUGGGGCUGUAGUAUAAAACUAUAACGAAACUGUGGCCGCCUCUUUGUGCUUGUGUAAAUAAUGUUCGAGAACGAGAAGCAAUAUUUUCUAUCGCGCACGUACCCCGGCUAAAGCUACAAAUGUGUUGCUUGUUUUGCCUUGUUGCCUGUACUCUUUGUUCUGUAUAUUAACAGAAGGUAUUUUGUUUGUUUGUUUGUUUGUUCGUUUUGUGUUAUGGAUUUCUAUUUAGUUUGCAAAUGAAAGUGAACGUAUAUGAUUAAUGGACUAUUUAGUUGAGACAGAGAGUGCGUGUGUCGACGGGUAUGGUGUGACGCGUGAGGUGUAAAAGAAUAUGGCCAAAUAGCAGCUGACGUUAUCCGUAUGCAAAAUUUAAACAGAUUGUUCAGUUGAUGCAAAUUCUUUUCUUUCUUUUUUGAGUUUUAUUUCGAAACCUGAUUGAGAAGUCGAUGAAUAAGGACACAUUUCUCAUGGUGAGGCCACCCGGUAUGAUACCGCUUGUCCUAUUGCUGGCUGUAGCGUGCUCUGGGAGUAGUUAACAGCGUACAUCAUGCUGGUUGUUUGCUACUAAUGACGUACGGUUGGUUUAAUUUAAAAAAAGGAGAGAUGGUUCAUACUAACAACAAUUCAGCUUGGGCGCAAUAUGGUGCUGAGGGACCGAUGAUACAGUAAACGCCAGCUGUGACCCGGCUGAGCACAUAACGCUCGAUGCGUGCUACAUUCCCCAUAGAUGGUUUUGCAUUGCAACGUGUGGUGGUACGCAGCACACCAAUCGCAAUGGAAACGUAAAAACUGUAGUUUUUAGUGUAAUAUUGUACUGUGUAAAAAGUUAGACAAAUGCACGCGGGGGGGCGCUAGAGCUCGCGAAGAAAGGUUAUAGAUUGUUUUAAACAAUGACGAUAAAGAAAUAAUAAUAAAUAUAUAAAUAUAUAUAAAUGAUGAAAACACACUAUUUAAGUAUAUCGUGGGCACACACUGGGCUUAAUUUAGGAGAUUAAUAAAACAAGAAAAGAUACAGUUUAAGUAAACAGAAAGCGCGAAACCGGCGCAGAGAGCAAACGAAACAAGGUAUAAUACUAUAGAAUAUCAAUAAAACAAGUAAAAUAUCAAGAUUGAAGCAGCAAGAACUAAGAUUGAACCCCAUUAAACUCUCUUUGCCCACAGAAACACAACAAAAGCUAACAACACAUCUUUGCAGCGCGUUGGUGAACUAUUGAAUACCGUUUGGGACCUUUUUUAAUGAACGAAAAGUCUUUUUGUUACGAAAAGUCAUUAUGUGAGUGAACUGCGACUCACUGUAACUUGUUUUGAGGUGCUUUGGGUUUGGGAAUGACUAGAAGAAAUCCCUUUUUAUACGCGAUCUAUCGGUAUCUUAGGUUGUGGCGUAAAGCGUUCUUUCUUGGAGCAAAUCCGAAAAAAGAUACAAUCCGGGAGAAAUUAAUUUGCAAAAUCGUAAUAGGGAAAUACGAUUCCAAGCAGCUUUUUCAAGCGAGAAAAUACUGCACUGUACAAUAAGAAUAAUUAUAUUCAUAAUAGUAACAAUACUGUAGUGUCUGCAAAUGAUGUUGAUUUUGUCCGAGACAAGCAAAGAGUGCAAAAAUAAAGAUAUCGAUUGAAAUGUAAAGGAAA